AUGGGUUCAAUAAGCUUUUGGAUGUGCUUGAUCCUGACGAUUUGCACCUGGCAUAAAACCUUCGGAUGCACUUGGAUGAGGACACUUCCUAAGUCUCGGAGCAUGUUCCAAGUGUUCAGCAACAACACCAUAACGGUGCUUCGGGAAAUGGGUCAUGUGGUCUCUCGAGAACCUCAUAUUACUUUCCCUUACGAGGAAUACAGACAUGUCGAUCAUUUCAAGGAUGACGACAAGAUUGUCUUCAUUUCGCAAACUCUGAACGCUAUAGAGAAAUUGUACAGAAGUGAUAACUAUGAUUCUUUCUGGGACCAGAAGUAG